CCGUGGACCAGAAGCCAGGGAAACGGAUGAGGACUAUCAGGUUUGGUUGCUGGCCAUGAUGACCGAGGUUAAGCAACACUCGGAGGCGGUCGUUGCUGCAGCAAGGAAGAAGGCAGAGGACGCCGAGCAGGCACGUCUGUUGGCAGUAGAACAACAGCGCCUGCAGGCCGAGGCAGCAGCUAAGGCUGCCGAUGAAGAGAGAAUACAGCGGCGAGAGAAGAUUUUCAAGGGAGAGCGAGCUUUGCUCGCAAUGGCCGCGGAUUGGCGGACUGAGGCUGAGACAGGGAAGAUGGCGGAGAGUGAAAGCAAGAUCGAUCUCCUCCUAUCCCAUCUUACAGACCUCCUGGCCACGUGUGUUGCACAGCAGGAGGACAUCCAUAGCCUCGAUGCGUUGGCUCAGAAUCACAAACGGGCAUUGGAUGACCUCAACAGCCGCUUCCAGCAGCUGCAACGGACAGUCGCCGCCCCCGCCGCUAGCACCUCCAACAUGUGUGAUCGUCUCAAUGCCUUGGAGAUCGACAUGGGGACACUUCAUUACGUCAGCGAACAUAAGAACCACACCUACUUGUACUCCCGGUCAGGGGGAGCAUGCCAGGCAUGGAUGGACAAUCUGUUGUCCAAGUACGGCGUGGUCGCUGCAGACCUGCAUACAAAGAUCAGUUGGGAAGACCUCAAGGCAGCAUGGCACAAGCGGUUCCAGGUGGAGCCGCCAGAGAUCAAGGUCAUGGACAAGCUGCUCACCUUCGAGCAGGGCACGCUGCCGAGUGUCGACUGGAUAGCCGAGUACCAGCGCUUGACAUCCGUCCCGAAUCUGCAGAUGGGUUUCAAAGCCAUCAAUCAUUACUUCAUCUCGAGAUCAUGCCCGACGUUAAGCAAUGCAUUGACUCAUGUUGACGAGACAUUGACAACAGCGGCAGAGCUUUUCGACAAGGCCGCGCAGAUCAUUGUCACGAACAAGGAGGCCAAGAACCUUGGUCGUUCGUCUGCGGCAGGCCCAAGCAGGGACCAGCAUCGGCCCAAAGUGGCCGUGGUCGUGGCAGCAAUGCCACCCGACCAAUCUUACAGCGAGGUCGUGUCUGCCAGUGAAGGAGACAGACUCGCAGCCGCCCGGGAUGGUGGCGGCGAUGACCAACGAGUUUCGGACCGAUUCGUGUUGGUCUACCUAGAUGACAUUCUCGUCUACAGCCAGACCUUGGAGGAUCAUCUUGGGAAUCUCCGACGUGUGUUGGAGACACUCCGGCGUGCCAAGUACAAAGCUAAUCGGCACAAGUGUGAAUUCGUCCGACAAGAGCUUGAGAACCUGGGCCAUUUUGUCACACCCGAGGGCAUCAGUCCGCUUUCGGACAAGAUUCAGGCCAUCCAGGAGUGGCCGGAGCCGCGGAACGUCAAGCAUAUCCGUUCGUUUCUCGAUCUUGCCGGCUACUACCAGCGAUUCAUCAAGAGCUUCUCAAAGAUCGCGGCUAACUUGACCAAGCUUCAAUGCGAGGAUCGGCCGUUUGACUUCGAUGAGGAUGCGCGGGAAUCAUUUCUGGCCAUCAAGGCCGGGUUGCUCUCUGCGGAGGUCUUGCGUAUCUACGACCCGCUGUUGCCUACACCCCUCACUAUUGAUGCGUCCGGUUAUGGCAUUGGUGCAAUCCUUGAGCAGCACGAUGGAGUGGACUGGCACCCAGUCGAGUACUUCAGCAAGAAAGUGCCCGUCGUGCAUUCCAUUGAUGAUGGACGCAAGAAGGAACUCCUCGCCUUCGUUCAUGCUCUCAAGCAGUGGCGGCACUUCCUCCUCGGUCGAGGUCAAUUCCGAUGGGUGACGGAUAAAAAUCCGUUGGUCUUCUACAAGACCCAAGACAGCACCAUCGCUCGUUGAAUGGCUUUCAUCGACCAGUUUGACUUCUUUUCGGAUCACAUCCCUGGGAAGCCAAACCGUUUUGCGGA